GUUUUUGUUUGAAAAUUUUCAUUUAUUUGUCAAACAAAAAUUAUAUUUUAUACGAAUUUUUCAGAUUGCUUAAUAAUUUUUAAUAAAAUUUAAUUAAGAAAUAGUUAUUCAAUUUAAUGUCCCAACAAAAACCGACAUUUCAAAGAAAAGCAGCUAGUCGUUUUAUCAGCGAUAACAAUGAGAUUAAUCUCAUACAAUUGAGUCCACAUAGAGUAUCUAGCCAUUUGGAAAAACGCAGCCCUUUUACCAUGAGCGAUAAUGAGGAUUCGAAAACCAAUUUCAUAGGGGAUACCAUUUUAGCUCCUGAACGCAAUCGUGCCUAUGUGGUAACAAAAACGGGUGAAAAACAUCUAUUAGAUUUGGAUAAUAAUGCUCUCCCCAAAACCAGUUCAAAUCCCUUUACUUUACAUACACCCAGAUUCUCGACACCAACUAUGGAAACUAUAUCAGAGAAAUCGUCAUCACAUUCGGAUAAAAUGAACAAGAGCAGCAGUAAAUUAAUCAAAAAGCUUAAGCCCUUAAAACGUCAAAAACAUCGUUUACUUUUUACUCCCCGAAAUUUGGAAACAACCUCUUCAACACAGCUACUGGCAGCAGAUAGUGAUGUUAAUAAAAAUCUUCUAAAUCAAAAACAGUCUAUGUCUGUGGCAAAAUCAUGGGCAAACACUAGUAUUGAAACUCAAACGGAAAAUUUUCCUUGUUUAGGGCAUUGUUCGUAUCUACCCAGACAUUUUGGUGCACCAACUGAUUCCAUCAAUUAUAUACCCAUGGAGGGUCCUAAAAAGCGUUUAAAUGAAUCACAGCGAAAAUUUUACUCCACGAUGGCCAACGCACAACCACCAUUCAAACCCUUGGAGAUUUAUACAAAAUAUAAUCCCAAUUUACGGAAGUACUCUGAAUUGCGCAACAUUGCCUCGGCUGUUACCUUUAUAACAGUGGUAUCUUGGUUUUUUUCUAAAAUUUUUGAUAUUGAAUGCUUUUGGGAUUAUUUAAAUAGUUUCUGGCAAUAUUUUUGCAAUUGGUUUUUCAUGAGAGAGAAACCAAAAACAAAGUUAGAAAUAUUCGUAUCAUUUUUACAGGACUUGUGGUCCUAAAAAUUUAAAUUUUAUUUUUUAUUUGUGAUAAUAAAUAGUUGUUUCCAAUAUAAUAUGUAACUUAAAGGAUGUAAAUAAUAUUGUAAUUAUUUUAGUAAAAGAAAAAUAUUUUGCAAAGCGCAA